GUGUUGAGGGCAGAGGGCGGAGGAUGCGAGGAGGCGGAGUGAGAAAGAGCUCAGACUGAAUGCUUUGGAAUCGCAGAAAGACGUCAGAUGCAGUCUAUAAAACACCUGUCUUCAGGCUAUUUUAAAACACUACUCAUAACCCAAAGAUUAAUGAUAGACGGACUAUUUAAACUAGCUUCUAUAUUCUAGCACGGCGGAUUAUAAUAAACAUGCGUGAAACUCACUGAAAAGGAACUAUUCAUAAUGAACCGUUUAUACUUGGAGUGCAGUUGACUUACGAGCUGAAGAAAGUGAUCUGACUGCCCGAAAAGAAAAGAAAAAAACCCGUCGGGCGUUUAUUUAGUUGCUGUGUGACAGUCUAAUAAUGAUGGAUCAUGACACUCAGUGGCUGUACCAGCUCCUUGCUAGUGUGCAGCUAGAGAGAUUCUACCUAAGGAUGCGAGAUGGACUCAAUGUGACACGUAUUGAGCACCUGAACUACGUUAAAGAAGCAGAUCUUGAACAGAUUGGCAUUAGUAAACCAGGACAGCGACGAUUAUGGGAAGGCGUCAGACAUUACAAAACCAACAUGCAACCACGGUCGUGGAUGAUUAAGGCCUUCAGUGGUCGCACUCCGGAGGGACGUGAGCAGUUUAAUGGUGUUGGGUCAGGCCAGGGGCCAGAACCAGGGCGUGCACUCCCCUGUCUUAUCCAGGACAGUGAACUGAUCUUUGGGGACAGGCUAGGCUCAGGUUCCUUUGGGGUAGUUAGGAAAGCAGAAUGGCAAACACCUACUGGACGAGUGUUGCCUGUAGCAGUUAAAACUCUGAGGGGUGGCGCAGCCAGAUAUGGAGAAGUGGUGACUGAAUUCCUCCAGGAAGUUACGACCAUGCAGUCUCUGGACCACCCCAACAUUAUACAUCUGUAUGGUGUUGUCCUUACUCAUCCUCUUAAAAUGGUGACAGAGCUGGCUCCCCUUGGCUCUUUAUAUGACACACUGCGUCUACGACAGGGAGAUUAUCCUCUUUCGCGGCUCUGGCUCUUCAGCACACAGAUUGCUGCAGGUAUGGAGUACCUAGAGUCCAGACGCUUCAUCCACAGAGACCUCGCUGCCCGGAAUGUGCUCUUGGCUGCUAGAGAGCUUGUGAAGAUCGGAGACUUUGGACUGAUGAGAGGCUUGGAUCAGGACAGAGACCACUAUAUCAUGACGGCACACAAGCGCAUUCCCUUUGCAUGGUGUGCUCCUGAGAGUUUGCGUGUAGGUACUUUCUCUCAUGCUUCAGAUGUCUGGAUGUUUGGUAUCACAUUGUGGGAAAUGUUCACAUACUGUGAGGAGCCCUGGUUGGGGCUGUCUGGCAGACAGAUUUUAUAUCGCAUUGAACGGGAAGGCGAGCGUUUGGAUAGGCCUCCAGAUUGUCCGCAGGAGUUAUAUUCUGUGAUGCGUAAAUGUUGGGCUUGCAGUCCUGCUGACCGACCGACCUUCUCACAGCUCACCACCAUGGUAGCAGAGGCACAGCCUAUGGAGGUUCGUGCAAUGAAAGACUUCACAGAGCCCAGAAAACUCUCUCUACAGGCGAAUGAUCUAGUGACUGUAAUAGAUCAUGGGCUGGAAAUAUGUGAGUGGAAGGGCCAAAACCAGAGAACUCUAAGUGUUGGCUGGUUUUCCCCUACAUUGGCUGCCCCGGCUCUCACAGCAGCAGUUACUGCAUCUGGUCCGACUCUGAUCUCUUCUCCUGUUAAAGGUAGUCUACAGCACUCUGGCCAUGGAGAUACUGACCCAGCACGCAGCUGGGGCAACCUAGAACGAAUAGAAGAUUACUCUCAAUCCUCAGGCAUGUCAAGGAGUCUUGAGUCUGUCCUUGGUGUUCCACAGGACAAAGGUCAGGGUGCUGGUGGGAAUGCAGCUCAGAGACCUGAUCCACGCAGACUCAUGCAGAGUAAUUUAUUGCAAGAUCCACGUAGGUUUAGUGAUGCCAUUGUUGUCCCACCUUCACGGCCACCACCUCCCAGUUUCAAAUGCAUCAGCCCACCAAACACUGGCUUCAAAUGCGUCAAACCCCAGAUGAUGAUCCAUGAUCGGAGACCAGUAAACCCAGGGGGCUGGGCCCCUCAAACUCAUUCACAGCUACAGUUCCGGUUCCAACAACAACAGCAGUGUUUAGGGAAUAGUAACCUUGCCAGGAUGACACAUCUAGCCAAAUCAAGCCCUCAGUUAGAUGAUGGCCCUGAGAAAGAGAAGGAGCAAGAGAAAGAAAGAGAGCGGGAGAAGGCAAAGGAGAGGUAUCCACCACAAGUUGACAAGGAAGCAGUCAUAGCGCAAGUUCAGGAGGCAGUACAUGGAGUGACAAUUGAGCAGGUUAAGAAAGCUCUGUAUCGCAAUGACUGGAAUCCUGUGAGGGCAGAGCAGCAACUUAAGACAGACCAGCUGUAUUACAUGACUCAGUGCUCUCGUGAGGAAUGUCAAAAAAUCCUCGCCCGCUACAGCUGGGACCUACAGCUGGCAGGACGUUACAUCAUCCGACAAGACAGAGAUAGGACUGCAUUGGAUAGACGGGGAGAAAGAGUUUAAUGCAGGACAUGGUUCAAAAUUAUUGAGGAGUUCAUGUUUUUUGUGAUAUCAC